AUGGAUUCUGCAGUAAGUAAACAUUGUAUAGCAAUAUGUGAUCAAAAAGAAAAAAUUUCAGCUGAAGAACUUCAAUCUUUAUUUAAUUUAAUUGUGGUUGAAUUAAAUAAUAAUAAUAAUCAUUCGAUAAUUGAUGAUUAUAUUCAAAUAAUUGAUACAUUAAAAAAUAUUUAUAGUUUAACAUUAAUUGAUCCAUUAAUUGUUAAUAAUGAACUUUUUCAUUUGCUACGAAAUUAUUUAACUGAUAUAUUAAAUAAAUGGUCCAGUGAUAUUAUUUUAACCGACAAAGAUGAAUAUUUAUUUCAAGAAAUUGUUGAACUCUUUUCUAAAAUGAUAAAACAUAUAAAAACCACGAAUCAAGUUUUAACAUCAACAUUUCAAACGUGGUUUUUAAAUGAAUUAUUUUUUAAAGCAAUAGCUUCUCUUUUAGAAGAUAUAUCCAUAAAUUCUUCUAAAUAUUCAAAUCAAAAUCAAAAUAUAGAAAGUUUAAGUACUCUCAUUCAAUCAAUUCGAUUUUUUCAAAGUGGUUUCGAUUGUAUUAGAAAUAAUCCUAAUGUAUUACUAUUAAUUGAUCCUAUCAUACAUUGUCUUUGUUCUUCAACUUAUAUCAAUACAUUCAAACAAAUUAAUAUUAAAUCAGAUACUCAAAAUCCAUAUGAAGAAUUUAUUCUUGAAAUCUGUCCAUGUUAUUGUAUUUGGUAUAGAGGAAAAUCUCAAUUAACAAUUAUUAAUCAGCUAUGUUUAAAUAAUAUGUUAAAGUCUUAUCAAGAAGUUUAUGAACUAUUUUUACCAACAAUUAAUCAAUGGGGAUAUUCAGUAAUGCAAUCAAUGUUUUAUAUGACAGCAUUAUUACGUUAUGUUGCCUAUUAUCCUUCAACACAACAAUAUUUAAUAAAUAAUUUAAAAAUUAUUGAUUCUAUAUUAAUUCUAUUAAAUAAUUGUACUUUAUUAGAUAAUAUACUAACAGCAACAGAAUAUAAUUCGAAAACAAAUUUAACUGAUUCAGCUAUUUCAUUUAUAUUUAAUUUAUCACAUGAUUUUCAAUUUUUAACAUUAAUUAAAGAAAAUUCAUAUUUUUCAAAAGAUAUUUUUCUUAAAUUAAAACAUGCAAAUAUUGAUCGAGUUAAAUUACAUGCUUUUAUGAUUUUAGCAAAAAUACUGAACGAAAAAGAUAUUCUGAAUUUAGAUAAUAUUGAUGUAUUAACGACUGUUUUUAUUAGUUAUUUAUACAAAGCAAUUAAUGAUCCAUGUCAUAGUUUUCAAGAUGUUCCAGUAGAACAUUUAUUGACAUCUUUAAAAGCAUUUGUUCAACAUGAUGAAAUAAAAGAUGGGAUUGCUAAACAAAAUUAUUUUGAAAUUCUGAUUCGUUGUGCAACUCAAACAGAUCUUCAUGUUGGUUUAGUUCUACAAACUUCAUUAGAAAUUAUUUGGAGUUUAACAUUUAAUAAGAAAAUUCAUCAACUACUAAUUACUUCCUAUGAUAAUUUCAUCAGAUAUUUAAAAACUGUUCUUGUUCAUUCAACCGAACAAGGUGUUCAAGCAGCAGCAAAAGGAGUUUUAUGGAAAUUAGAAAAUGAAUUAAUUAUUACAAAGCAACUUCUUGAUAAAAAUGAAAAUACAAUCAAUAAUGAAGAAAAAUAUGAUAUCAUGAUAAGUUAUAGUCAUUCAAAUUAUCGCGUUUGGUUAGAUUUUUGA